GUAUAAAAAGAGAGCUAGUGGACAAACAAGUUAAGAUCGACAGGACACAUCAACCCAACAUGAGUCUCUCUGAAAAGGACAAGCAAAUCGUGAAGACCCUGUGGGCCAAGAUAGCCCCAGCUGCUGAUCAGCUCGGGGGUGAGGCCCUCUCCAGAAUGUUCCAGGUCUUUCCCCAGACCAAGACCUACUUUGCUCACUGGCCAGACCUGAGCCCGGGCUCCGAUUCAGUGAAGCAGCAUGGGAUGAAGGUCAUGGCAGGUCUUGGAGAGGCUGUCAAUAAUAUCGAUGACAUUUUUGCUGCCCUAAGCAGCCUCAGUGAUCUGCACGCAUUUAAGCUUAGAGUAGAUCCUGCUAACUUCAAGGUCCUGUCCCACAACAUCCUUGUGGUGAUCGCCAAUCACUUCCCGAAUGAUUUCAGUGCUGACGCACACCUGGCUUUGGAGAAGUUUUUAGCCAGGGUUGCGCUUGCCUUGUCUGAUAAAUAUCGUUAAAAUAUGAGCAUACACAUCAUUUAACCAAAUUACAUACAUUAUGCUAUGGAAUGAUAGCUCAUUACAUUAUGGUGAAUAAUAAAGCUAAUCUGGGGAAAGUGUA